GCCAAGACAGCAACAUGGCACAGGCCAGUCCUCUUUGUGGAGGGGUUUCCCUGCUUCACACUAUGGUUGAUGGGAAACACCACUAUGAAGUAAAGAAUGUUUUGACCCAUAUACAAAGUACUUUUGCCAGGAAGGGAGACAAAAUCCUGAUGAUAAAUGGUGUGAAAACUGAGGAUUUGCCCCCAGAGAAGUUUACCAGCAUGCUAAGUUCAGGAUCUCCCAUCCUGACUAUGCACCAAGCAAGCAUUGACACAGGCAUAAACGAAUGCUUGGAGUCUGAUGCUAUCCAACCUUACCGCAAGGAGAAGAUCACCUUGCACUUCAGUAUGGCUAUGGUUAGAGAGGAGUGUCUGGAGGGAGAAGAAAAUGGAAUGGAUCCAGCUGUGUGUGAAUGGGAGAGCGACUACACUGAAGAUGACCAGGAACUGCUCCUUGUGUCCAUGAAUGAAACCAGUGUAGCAGUUAUGAGUGAAAGAGGCUGUGAUCCUGAAAACCCCUGCAACACUUGCGGCUCUCAUAGGUGCAACCUCAGUGAAGUUGUUGUGGCAGCUGAGACGUGCGAAGUUACAUCAGUUGACGGAAAAAACAUCAAGAAAUGUGAGCGCUUACAGCUACGGAAAUGGAUCAACCUUGUACAAUAUAACCUGUCUAAUACUACUUUCAUCUCAGAGGACAUCACUGUCUACUACUACACUAUGCCACAACAGCAUUUUAUAGGUUACCCUGUUGUACUGAAAUUCACCCGUAGCACCAAUCAGUUCCUGAAAUGCGCAUGUGAGAAUCAGAAAGUGGUUUUGAAAACUGAGUACUGUGAAGAAUCAAAGCUGCAGAAAAUCUGUAAGGAUAACAAGCAAACGUGGCCUUUUGUCUUCUACUUGACGACUGCGAAGGACAACACCCAACACUUCGAGUCAGCUGCACACAGAGGUUGGUUUAUCCAGACUACAUAUCCUGUGGUCACGGAAAAUAGACCAGAACAAAUCAGUGGAAGCUUCUAUUUCGUAAUUUCCUCCAAGUCCACAUCACUGUGAGGUCAUCUUUUUCCAAGAGAUGCAGUAGUAAUUCACCAUUUCAAUCCACAUGGGGUUCAGAGUUGACUGAUAAUAUUACAGUUGUUAGUAUAAAUUAGCAGCAUCAAAAAGGUUGAAGUUGCCCUUUGACACUGACUUGUCAAAUACUUUAUAUUCUUCACAGAGUAAUAUUAACCUCACCAAUAUUAAUGAUCCUCACUUGCUUUCAUUCAUUAUUAGAUACAGUGCUCAUUUUGGUUUAAAUUUUUUUUUUUUUAAAGCUACAGUCUGCAAGAUUAGUUUUUGUUCAAAUUAAAAUAGGUUGCUUUAUAGAGUCAGGACUAAACAUGCUAAAAUAUGGUAAAGCUUGAAAUGAUAAUUUAAUUCUGAGGUGUCAGAUUUUGCAGGAGGUUUUUGGACUAUGUCAUAGACACUAAAAUUUCACUGUGAAAUGCAAAUUUGUUAAAUAAACAAUGAAUAUCUCCUAAAUGUAAGAUGCUAAGUCUGUUAUUCGGUAAUACUAACAAGUAGUAAGCACCAAAACAUAUAGGUUACCUUAUAUUUAGGUUCACAGGAGGAUGAGGCAGAAGUUGGCUUUCUAUUCACCAGCUUCCUGUUUGAAAUUUCCCAUUCCACCUUAAAUGGUGGCAGUAUUCUGAACUCAAUCUGCAUCCGCGACAGGCAACACGAAAUCGCAGAAAGUAUGCGAGCUUCUAAGCUUGCGAAAGUGCUUUUGGCUUUGCACAACCCUCGAGAAUUUCGUUUCGCAAGUAUGCUGAGGUGUUUGAAGACAUAUUCACAAGUUUUGACUAAGUUUUCUUUCAGAUCAUCUGUUCAGAGAGGAUUUGAACUGAUGUUAGAAAAUGCUCUUUCACACAUUGUAUGCAAUUACACAUCUCCACCAGAGAGAACUUCAAAUCCCCAAAACUUAUGUUGUGUAGCUUUAAUGUCAAGUCUUUUGAUAAAUUAAGCAAUUUUUAUAUCAGAGAUCAAAAGGCAGCUUCUACCCAGAGCUAGUUAAGAGCAGAGGUGCAAAUCUUAACUGCCAUUGCAGUAACAAGUAGUUAUGUAUCAUACCACAAUUUAUAAUUUUUUUAUUAUGAAUUUAUUAGAAUGCUUCUUUUGUCCUAUAGUAGAGCCUUUAUGUGU